ACUUUCAACCGUUGCCUUGGAUUCGAAGCGGACAAACAAACAAUAACAACAAAAAGAGACGCGAAAUUUUCGGUAUCGCGGUGAACUGGUAUCAAAGAACGUGCAGGUGUUUUAUUUGUGAAAAGAAUUAGUUUCAAUUGUGAUAAAUGAUAAGCCGGACAUGUGAAAUAAGGAGUUCGAAACAAUACGCGUGCAUCGGAAUGUAAUCGUGGUGCGCCGUACACGAAGCGACACAUUCCAGGUACCGCCACGACGCCAUCUCGGCCAACGACCUCAACCAGUAAAACCGGAAAAUUAGUUUAUGUUUUUCUGUGUACAUGAAAGUAAUAUGUACAGCUUGAUCGAAUGUGGUUUUAUCCAAACUUUUGAGUUGAUGUAGUAAAUCGCACUACCUCAAGGUAACUCUCGUCCAACAUAAACGUACCGGUCGCAUACAAAACCCAAAAAAAACAGCCAUGGAUGAUUUCGAUACCGCAACGUACUCCAUCGAAUCGGAACCAGACCGAAAGCAAAUAUCGCUCGACGAUGUUAUCCUGCCAACAGUACGACGCAGUGCAAUACAGAUCGUUUCGCUGUCGCCACGCCGGCAAGCAAAGCGCACAGGACCUCUGACGACUGCCGGUGCCGACAAUAGCACCAUGCAAGUAACGAAGCUGGUACUGAAGACGCCGCCCGGUAGCCCGAAACGCCAACCGAAACCACCCGGCGUUAUAAUCAAAUCGAUACAAACACUUGCCGGACCGGGUCUAACUGGAUCGAGCAGUGUGCUAACAGAAAAGCGAAACCUGCCAGCCACGGCGGCAUCCGAUGAAACGGUGGCCUCGUAUCGAAUAACACCCAUCCUUUCUCCGCAGAACAAAGAUACCAGAAAAGAAUUCGAAGUACGGCGAACGGAGCGAGAGCGUGCAACAAAUGACUUUCAAGAUUUUCUCCGUGAGAGCUUUAAGGAAAACAAAACUCCUCCUUCUACACCACCACCUCCUCCAUCUUCCGCGAUUGAAGUCACGCGUAUCGUCGAGAAAGGAUCGUCCGAAGCAGACAGUACGUCUGCAAGCUUAAUUCCGCACAAAAGUGCUGGCAGGUCUGGUAGUCAGCGAGUGGAACGAUUGCACCCAGCUAGAGAAGAACAGAAAGCAGACGGUGAAACUCAGUGUGCUGCGCAGGCAGCUCAAUUCGUUCCGGCGACGCAGCAACCGGUAGCAGCACGGCGUUCGUUGCUAAUGGAAACGCCGAAACAAGCAGAUAUUGUACAACCGGCCAUCGAACUGAUUACAGCUGAAAGUAUUAACCAACCUCCAGGCGAGCUAAGCGUUACCAGUAUUAAAAUGCCACCUCCACCUCAAAUCGCAAAUCAAGAAUCUCACGUGACUGUCGAAACAGCGAAAAGUGCGCAGCCAGCAGCUCAAGUGCGCCCCAAGCCACCAUAUAAACCCACCUCCAGCACUAUAACCAAGAGUGCUGCCGUAGUGGAGGAUGCGAAGAAGAAAGAGAAAUCUUACGAUCCGGCAAAAGCUCGCGAAUUUAUGAGAGAGCAGCAGGCGAAGCGCCGGAUGGAGAAGAAGGAAAAUCCUGUCGGGGUGAGCGGUAGUUCCAAAGGCGGCACCGCAGAAAAGGAUCUCAUUAAGCAACGGCUGGAAACGCUUCGCCAAAGUUCCCAGAAGCUGGUGUCGAAAAACUUGCAGAAGGCUCGCAAACGUUCGGUGUCCUGUGCGCCGAAGGAAGUGGCAAAUUUGAACAAGCGGCCCCCAACCGGCAAGGACAAAGAUCCGGCUUCGGUGCCAUGCAAUGAUCGUAGGUCAUCCAUUCGACCAACGAUGGGACUACGCAAAUUUGCCUCAACACCGUCGCUUCGAUUGAUAAAGAAGGACAAAGAUCCACAAGAUUUUAAGCCAGCUGUGGUACUUAAACCUAAAGACCCGUCACCCGACAUUCCACCGAAACCACUGUCAGCCGGUAGUCGGGGAAGCGAUCUACGGUUGGGUAAAGAAAGUUCUUCCGGUCGAUCCACCAAUCCAUCCACAGCUAGCACGAUAAGUAAAUCGAGCAUUAAAAUUGGCAUAUUGCGCAAACCAGACCAUUUGACUUUGGAAGAUAUUGUACCACAGAGUCCACUGAAGGUUUCGCAAGCGAUUUCGUUGCCUACCAAACCGAAAGUGAACGCACAGCUCAUAGAGAUCAAUGCCGAAGACGACAGCUCGGAGCCGAAAACGGCCGCCGAGAAGGAAUUGAAGCUACAAGUGCCUGCUGUGAUGCUUGUUCCGGCAAAUGCUUGUGCGCUGCCUGUAAAACAACUAAAGCAACCAGAGGGUAGCGUUACGUCCAACAAGGUCGAGGAAAUACCAGCUCGGGAGGUGCCUCAAUCGCAGCCGGUAAAGAGCAUUCCUUCAUGGUUGAAGCAAUCUCUGAGGCAGCCAGAUCCCUAUCCUUUCAUAUUGGCAGUGCGCAAAAAGCUUGAAGCCGUUCAGAGCGUCCGGGACGAGCGGGACAAACCCACCGCCUGUAAAGAGCUGGAGCAAAAGCAAGUGGAACAGAAAAUGCCCAGCACACGAUACAGUUCCUACAUGAACGAAAUCGAAAGUGUGCCCUUCAUUAGAAAAGGGUUCGCCACUGCCGGCCAGCGUACUGAGGAAAGUGCUUUAAACAAACGACCGUUUGGCAAUGUCCAAGAGGAAGCGUCAUCAAUUGUUACGAAGAUAUCGCCGUGCUCUUCGCCAAACACUACGUCCGACAUUAGUUCGAUCAAAUCCGACUUAGCUCUACCACUGCCACCGCUGCUCAGUAGUACGAAAAUUGAGAUACCAGCUGGGCCACAUGAUUCGGCUGCCACUAGCGGGCCCAUCAGUCCGCUGUCAGUGGAAAGAAUUUCUCAAAUGAAAAUCGCUACACCGGGCAACACUACUGCCAGAUCGCCACAUCACGACAGAAAAGUCCUUGAGAAGACUAGAGCAUCAAGUCCAUCCCGUCCUCAUGCUGCCGUUCACAAUACAUCCAACAUUUCCCACCUGGAUCGAUCACAGAAAGAGCUGGAAUAUCAGCGGCUACUAGAGUCGUUUAAUCGAAGCCUAACGCACGUGAUCGAAGUCAAUCAACAGCUCUACUCGGCAUUGAAGAAUGUACCGACUACGGCAGCGAUGCCACUGUUUCCGCAGGACGUCCUGCGACUGCGUGACGAAAUGACACAAACAUCGCUUCCGAUGCCACGCGCGUCAACGGCCACAGGGUCAGAAACAGUUGACUCAGAUCAGCAAGGAGGGAAAGCUUCGGAUGCGAUCACAACCACAGCCUCCAACUACAGCGAUGACUUUGAACAUCAAAGUCAAACGGAAGCACCACCCCCACCUACAACACCUCACGAAACAGUAGCGUCCCCAUCAACGACAGCGUCAUCCUCGGCCACUUCAUCAUCCUCUUCCUCUGCCAACAGCAGCGCGAGAAGUGAUACAGGCGAAAGUACCGCCAAAAGCUCUUCACAAUCAUCUUCUACUUCAUCGUCCUUCGAUCGUAACGAGCCGGUGGUCGCAUCACCUCGCGAGCACGUCCCAAGCCGGCCAGAAACGAAUGCCACCGACGACGAACGCAAGGCAACCAGCAACACCACAACGGCGCACUCGAGUGAUUUCGAUUCUCGAUCGUUCAGCCUGUCGGACAGUCACAACAACACGACCAACAAUCAUCCACCGAUGCCGGAAGAAUAUUUGCCCUCGUUUGAGGAGAGUUUGCGUAGAAAGCGGUAUUCGUCGGACAGAGAGCAACGUACAGAAAUGGAGGAAAAUCACGAGGAACAGAAAAGGGCAAAUAAGCAAAUUUCACGGGAAAGUAGCAUCGAUGAAGAGAUUCAGCCCAGCCAGGAUGAGGAGAGGUCGUACAGCUUUAAACAUUCGGAAAACGCCAACGAUUCGAAGGUGAAUUCUUUCCUCCCACUGGUGGCAAGUUCUUCGGAGGAUAGCGUUACGAAGAGCAAUCAGCGGACACAACAACCCAACAAGGAUUCGCUUCUUUACGUAGAGAAUCCCGACGCAACCAUCAACAGCGAGCUGCUCACUGCCAUGUUCAACAGAACUGACCUGGAAGUAUCCAUCCUAUCUACCACCGUAUCGGAAACGAACCUUAGCUAUUCUUCUAUCGGAAUGUACGAUCAACUCAUUCAAAACGAACGCAGCAAAGAGGAGCAUCUCGUGUCGCGCGUGCAAUCGAAGCAAAAGGCGCUGCUUAAUCGGGCCAAGGGUCAACUCGCUUGGUUGGAGCUUCAGAAGCAACGCUACCGAGAGAAGGGCUUGACCGAUCAAGUGACGGCUGUUAAAAAGAAGCAACGUGCAAUACUGUUGCGGCUGCAAAAGGAUCGAGCAGAGUUAAAUAGGGCUUUAAAAUCGUCCACGGAAUCCUCGCGCACCAUGACGGCUAACGAUCCAGUGCUGACGUCGAAAAUGGUGGACAGUAAGCUUAACUCGUACUGCUCCUCGCCGGUAGCGAACAAUUCCGGCUCGCUUACAUUGCGCAAAUCAUCCAGCAGCCUGCGCAUUGCGCGUCAUCAACAUUCCCGUACGCCGGAAGGUGCCGAGCGUGGAAUACCGGGUACGACGACCACUACUACGACCACCACCAGCAACUCCAUACAGAUAGCUAUUCGGGGCCGAGAGCUGGAGCCGAACGACCGUUUGGAAGACAUUUUAACGCGCAGAGAAGAAGAAUUGCGCAAACGCAAAGAGCACGUACAACAUUUGCUCGAGUGGCAUCGGAAGCUAGAGCGCGAGGAGGAAGAACUAAUGGCGGUGGAGGAUCGAUUGUUGGCUUACAAUAGUCGCAAACUGGAAACAGCAAACGCGCCACGACGUCAUGAGAUAACGAUAGAGCAACGAGUGCAAAGAAUUGAGAAGAGUUUGAAAACGUUGCAAAGCAUUCCCUCCACUGUCGCUCGCAGAGAUCAAGAGCAGGCGCAGGGACGCGAUUCCGAUAUCGGCGAUAAAGAACCACCGGAGUCAGCCGAGGAAAUCGUGUUGACCGGAGGAAGUAAGCUUAACAAGUUCUGGUACCGGCUGACCGGUAUCGAGGAGCAGCGGUACGAACCGGAACGCAAUUAUCCAAUAACGCGCCAUCACAUGGAAGCGCUGUUUGAAGAUGCGAAGAGGUGUGUGCUAGAACGGUUCCAACGCAACGAGGGUCAGCUGAAGGAAGCGUUGUUAGAUCAGUCCAUUAAGAUCGUGCGUCGCAAGGGCGCUAGCGAUACGGAUGCCAAUACGACGGGAAGUGUGGAAGAUCAGGAGAAGUCAUUGCAAAGCACGGCCGUAUGCGAAGAAACGGUUCGCACUGUAGAGGAGCAAAAGGAAUCGCAACACGAUGACGCGACGGUUGCGGGGAAUGAAACGACGUACACGGAACGGACGGGCGAUGAUUUGGUGGUGGUGGUCCGUCAAGAGGAACCCGAUGCGAUGGAUGGUGGUGAGCUGCCUCCGAUGGUGGAGGACGCAAAAUGUUUGCUCUCUUCGACUGUUAACGGAUGGUCACCGGGUAGCAGACGAAGCAUUGAAUCGGUAGAGUUCCACACGCUAGAAGAAACGUCCACGCCGUAUCAAUCUGCCCUACGAAACGACGAGCAGGAAGUCACGGUAGAAGAGGAACCAGUUAAAAGCGAGAGCUACUCCACAACGUUCGAGCAACAGUCCGUUGGUGGCGUAGAGGCAGGAGAUGAAAGUCAGCUGUUGAUCGAGGACAUGUCACUGCCACCGAUGCUACUCAACAAUACAUCGCUCAAGCUCGAAAGCGACGAAGAUUCCACCUCAAGCAGUAGCUGUGAAAGCAGUGCCACUGUGGAACUGUCAGCACCGCUGGCGACCGCAGAGGAGCAAGUGCAGGAGGAAUUGCCCAACGGGGAAGGAGACGAUUUGGGUACGAUUAGCAGCGAUACCAGCAUUUCUAUUGCACAGUCCUUGGAAGAGGCAAGCGAAGGUAGUUCGCACGGGUCGACUCCCACUACGGUUACCCCUACAAUUGUAGCAGAAAGCAUCGAAAGCAAAGAUGUUGCUGCUACGGAUGAACAACAUCCUCCAGCAGACGAAGCAGAAGACGGUGGCGUUGAAUCAGUCUCACCCAAGCAAAACUCCUCGAAUGUACCUUCGGAGGUAGCAUCUGAUAAUUCUUACGAAGAAGAUAUAUUUCACACGAAAUCCUCCAGUGUUUCUGGCUCGGCACAGGCCACAACAUCCGAGCUGGCAAAGCGGCUUGCAACACUUCACGACGAGCUGGAGGAGUUGAGUGAAACUUUCGAAAGAACUCCGCUGAUGAAGUCGCCCGUAACAGCAGCAGCAUCGGUUGCAUCCAAGUCUGACCACUUUGAGGAUCAAAACAGUUCGGAAGAAACAAUCACAUUUGACUACGAGGACGAUCGAGCGGAAAGUCCUUCUCCUUCGGGUGAUCCUUCAAAAGACGACGAUGAUAAAGCGUCCAUCGAUGCGACGGUGAGCCAAAAUGCUGCCAAAAUCGAAGUGAAGCUACGAUCAAAGGUGUUGAGCAGCAGCGGUGAUACGGUGGCGAUCGUUGCUGGUUCCGGUUCCGUGUACGGUCGUGACUAUCCGGCUCCCUUGCAGCAACUGUACCACCAUCAUCAAACGGAACCUCCAGUGUCGUCCAGCUCAUCACCAAACAUCGGCGUCCGAAUGCCAGAUAUUAUCAACGAAGCAGAGGUCCUGCGGCGUCAACAGCUACAGAUCGAGCAGGAGAUCAAGGAGCUCGAACAGCAGGUCGGCUUUUUCCGGGAAAUCCCCAACAAACCGCCACCACCGUACAUCCCUCCUGCGAACGGCAGCCCGCUGGCGCUACUCUUCCCAUCCGAACCGCGAAUCGACGAGCUGAUCGAUGGACGCGUCGAGGAGCUGCAUCGCGAUCGUAUCGCGCCGGAAAAUCUACGCUCCGACCAUGUGACGAACGUGUACGAAAAGCUCAUUCUCGACAUGUGCAAGGAGCUGUACCGUGAUCUACGGCCAGCCGAACCGACCGUUUCCUUUCGUACGAUACCGCACGACAAACGGCCGCUCGUGUUUCACAAUCCGCCGGAUGCGUUGCGUUGCAUGAAGGACUAUCUUCGCGGGAAAAUACGACGCGUGUUGAACGACGCUCAGCUAGCCCUUCAGCAGCAGCAGCAUCAACAUCAACAGCAUCAACUGCUCCUACAUCAUCAGCUGCAGCAGCAACAACAGCAACAAACCCAUCCGUCCCACCCACAGCUGCACCAUCACCAUCUGCUGCACCACGGCCACUGCACAGCCACGAUGCCCUUCCUGUACGGCAACGGUUGUGCGAGCAAGCGCAAACCGGACCAGGUGGACGAGAUCCUGAAGCAGGAAACGCACGAUGACGAUGCGCGCUGGACCAACUUUGAUCGGGAAGAGAUCGAGGUGAAGGAUCGCAUUACGGACGAGCUGCUGAAGUCGCUGCUCGCCGAAGCGUUGCAGGAUAUGGUUGAAGCGUGCGAACGGAAGGAGGGCAAGGAAGCAGGUUUGGUCCAGCGACAGGAAAGUGCCAUGUAGACGAUUAGCGUGCACCGCAUGUGAUAGCAACUGAUUUGGAGAGAGUGCACUGGUGAGUGUAUUAGAGGGCUCUUCUGCUUUACUUACACACGCUAGCGUGAAGCAAGUGUUUGCAAUUUUAUGGACUGAUUUUAAAGCGUUACGUGCAACAGUCGCGUAGUAUAAUCAACAGCAUCAUUGUGACUGUCUAUAGUUUGCUCAAAUUCUACAUUACCUGUUUUUUAUCUCUCUCUCUCUGCAUUUUGUUAGUGCCUAAUUGUAUGUUUAAUAAAAAUGCGUCCUCAAGCACAAUAUUA